AUGCAAAGUCUUGAAAGUAUUGAAGAAAUUACAUGGAGCAAUUAUUCCAUUGUGACUGAGUUUGUCCUAGAAGGAUUAACACACCAGCCAGAACUCCAGCUGCCCCUCUUCUUCCUGUUUCUGGGAAUCUACGUGGUCACUAUAGUGGGAAACCUGGGCAUGAUUCUCCUAAUCACUUUCAAUGCCAAGCUCCAAUCUCCCAUGUACUUCUUUCUGGGUAAUUUGUCAUUCAUCGAUCUCUUUUACUCAACAGUUGUUACCCCCAAACUCCUGGGAAACUUUGUAUUGGAGCAAAAUGUUAUUUCCUACCCUGGAUGUAUCACACAGCUUUUCUUCUUCUGUGUUUUUGCUAUUGGAGAGUGUUUUAUGCUGUCAGCAAUGGCAUAUGAUAGAUAUGUGGCUAUCUGUAAUCCUCUGUUGUACAGUGUUACCAUGUCCCAAAAGGUGUGCAAUGUGUUGGUGACUGGGGUCUAUACCAUGGCACUACUUGGAGCUUUUGCCCACACACUCUCUAUGGUCAGGAUAUCCUUCUGUGGGGACAAUGUUGUUCAUCAUUAUUUCUGUGAUAUAGUUCCUCUUCUCAAGCUCUCCUGUUCUAGCACCAAUCUAAAUGAGCUUAUGAUACUACUUGUAGGUGGAUUUGAUAUGCUGUCAACCACUGGGACCAUCAUUGUCUCUUAUGCUUUCAUUAUUGCCAACGUUCUUCGAAUUCCCUCAGCUGAAGGUAGGUCCAAAGCCUUUGGUACCUGUGGCUCUCAUUUUACAGCUGUUGGGAUCUUUUAUGGCUCCAUCGUGUUUAUGUAUUUUAAGCCCUCCUCCAGCAGCAGCAUGACGCAGGAGAAGGUGGCCUCUGUGUUCUAUACCACGGUGGUCCCCAUGGUGAAUCCCUUGAUCUAUAGCUUGAGAAAUAAGGAUGUAAAGAAUGUGCUGAGAAAAGUCCUGGGGAUGAGGUAA